AUGAUCUUUGUGAAGAUGGUGAAUACUCACAUUUCAAUUACAACAACGGCCCGACGAACAAGGCUGGUCUUCCUGUAGUUUUGAGUUGAUUUGCUGCUACCUGUUUACACAUGCUGAGCCAGUUCCAAGCUAUUGGAAGAACAAAAACAUGCUGCGGUUUGGAUGAUCGUAAUUUGGCCCCAUCAAAUAUCAGGGGCACCCAACGACAAUUUUCGGAAAAAUAUCUUUUCGGAAGACGAUUUGAGAUCUAGAAUUUUCGGAACAUUUGUUGUAAAAUUUCUUGCUUGCCUGCCUCUCCUAGGAUUUUCGGACAUCUAAAAAAUGGUAUAAUUGCCUAUUUUUAACGGAUUUUUACCCUAAAAAGGUCACCUAGAAUUUUCGGGAGCCUUUUUUCUGGCUAAAAUUUUCGAAAAGGUUAGUUUUGAUCCCUAUAAUUUUCGGAUCACUUGACUUUCAGUUACGAAAUCCGAACAGAUGAAAAAUUUUUAGGGGAUAAAAAUAUGCCUAUAUCUACCGUUUAAAUACUAAAAUACGUUAAACAAUUCUACGUUUAAGUGGUUUUGAACUAUAUUCUCGUUGGGUGCCCCUGAAAUAUAUUCAUCAUCAUUUUUUUAUUAGCCUUUUUUUUAUAGCAAAUUUUACAGGAUACAGCAGGUUGUUAGGCGAGGAGACCUCAAGAAACCACCAGGCUUAUAAAGAGAGGCGACCUCGACAUCACAGUAUUAUAAGAAAUAAGGGCUGCGAAGAAGUGCGGCUGAACUAAUUUAGUAACUAUCUUAAUAAAAACUCUAGCACUUUGUUCUUAAAGACAGAAAAGCUUGACAAGUUUGUAACAGAUGCAGGAAGACAGUUCCAGAUGCUAGGUCCUUGGUAAAGAAUUGUGUAUUUCUUGAUGUUCGUACGACAGGAAUGCACUCGAUAAUUACUAGCUGUUCUUGUGUCAUAUCUAUGGACUUGACUGUUUGUCAUAAACAGAGAAACAAUAUCAUGAUACUGAGGACUGACGGGGAAAUUUGACUGCUUUUUAUGGUAAAAGGUUUUUUAAACUUGGGAUAAGAAGAAAGCAAGCUUAAGACCGACCGGCACGAAAAAAAAAGCGCCAUUCCGGUGCUUUCUCGCAUUUAAACACUAUAAACAAUAUUUUUCACAUUGUUUCACUGUAGACUCUCGAACAACAAUGAAGUAUCAUACUGUUUGGAUAACUACAGCUGGCAGGAGAUUUUGUAAAAUGUUUGACAAAAGUUUAUAUGAUUAUUACGGUAGUUUUACAAAUGAAGGAAUUAAGUUGAUGUUUGCAAAUGAUAUAUCAAGGAAGUUAAUUGUAAAAUUUGAGCUAUCGCUUGCACUACCACUUCCCGCUGUGACAUCACAACAACGCUGAAGGCUUAUUAUAAUCGCGAUAGCGGGUCAUUAUCUACAAUUUACUGUAUAAAUAAAAAGCUCAAAUAGCUAAAACCAAACUGACUCUUAAAUAUAUCACAAACCGCUUGAAUGAUCGUGACUCGUGGCUAUCUACUAUCUUAUAUCCAUAGGCUCCUGACAAUCUAUAACAAACGUACCUUCGAACCCAGACUUAUUUUUGAAAGUUUUUCUUCUUUAACCACAUGUAACCCAGGAUCACUGUUUGUGUCACGUUUCAUAACAUGCGUAAAUAUAGAGGACAUAUGGGGCGAAGUUAAGGUCUGGAAAUUUGCAAGAAAGUGGAGAUAAAAAUCGAUGAAACUUACCAUGUGGCGAGUUGUUGUUGUCCUUAAUAUGUACACGAAGUUUCGGAAAAAAUAGUCUCCUUCACCUUUCCUUCAAGGAGACUAUUUUUCCCGAAACUUGUUUACAAAUCAAGGACAACAACAACUCGCCACAUGGUAAGUUUCACUCAGUGAGCUUGGGUUACCUGUGCUUAAAACCAGAUGGCUACAAUUCUGUGAGAUUUCCCCUGGAAAUAAACAGUCUUGAGAGUCUUUUCCACGUGAUCUGACGCAGCCUGCGUAGAAAGCGCUUGAAAACAAUGGGCGCCCAUUAUUUCAAGCGCCUGCCGUGUAGACUAGGUCCGACGCCAUCAUGUCCACCAAGAAAUGACCUAGUUAACAGGAGGGGUAGGUGGACAGUUACCCAGAAGCCUCAAUUGAUCCCUUAAAUUAGUAAAAUAAAUGAUGUACUAGCCUGAGAGCGAGAAGGCCUCAAAAGCUCCCCUCGGUCUGAAUAAAUAGGGCUAAUACGUACUUGAUACUUUGUUCUUGAUAAAGCAUUUCAUAUUUUUCCCCCAAGAUUGUUCUGAUUUGCUGAAGUCAGGCCAUACUCAGAAUGGAGUUUACUCCAUAAAUCCUGAUGGAAGAGGAUCCUUUAAUGUAUAUUGUGACAUGCGCACUGAUGGUGGAGGAUGGACCGUUUUCCAGAGAAGACAAGAUGGCUCGGUAGACUUUUAUCGCGGCUGGAACGAUUACAAAUCGGGCUUUGGUCCGCUGACGGCUGAUUUCUGGUUAGGAAACGACAGGAUCCACAGGUUGACGGCCGCUAGACCCAGUGCUCUGCGAGUGGAGCUAGAGGACUGGAACGGAGUAAGAGUAUACGCCAAAUAUGGCAAGUUUAAAGUUGGUGAUGAGCAGGCGAAAUAUCGACUUGAAGUGGGUUCAUAUUCAGGGACAGCAGGAGAUUCGAUUGUACAGCAUAAUAACAUGGCAUUUAGCACCAAAGACAGAGAUAAUGACAUCUGGAGUAGUAACUGUGCUGUGACGUACACUGGUGCCUGGUGGUACGAGUCUUGCCACUCAUCCAAUCUAAACGGAAAAUACCUUGGAAGAAAAUAUGAUUACAGAGGAGCCUGUUGGAGUGGCUUCAGAGGUGCUUUUUCACUUAAAUUUACUGAAAUGAAACUUAGGCCGUCAUCUUAG